GGCAGAAAUGAUGGGAAAUCACGGUGCAGUUCCCAGGGUGAUGUGGGCUCGGUUUCUUGAUCGAUCCGCCCCAGAUCUUUGAUCUGAUCACCCGGGAACAUCUGGAGCCGAGAUUACUGAACAUGUGACGAAACGCAGAUCCCCAAUCAAUGAUCCCACUUGCCACGUCCUCGCGUAUCAGCAUGCUGUUGCAGGCCUCCAUAGUUCAAGAUCUCCAGUAGUCCCUAGAUCCUCUAUAGCCACCGAUUCUCACAGGUUCCUACAGAAGCUGGAGGACCCUGGAGAAGCUGUCAAGUGGGCUUCGCUCGUGCCUGUUGUGCUCGCUUAGCUAGCCGAGCAGGAUCAAACACAGCUAUAUGUGUAAAUCCGGCUAUUGGCCAGUAUCUACCUGUGACACUCUCACCCAUGGCUCCUCAUUCACAGUCAAGGAUAGCACGGACUACACGCUCCUCUGACGCUAUGCUAAAAUGAUCGUCAGAAGGAGGCUUGGAUACAAACAAACAAACAAACAAACAAACCUUCUGCCUGCGAGGGAUUCACUGCUACAUCGAGUUAUCCGGUGAGCCUCACUUCAGCCCCCGCACACUUGUACUUGCAAUGCAUCAUGGAUCUUUCUCUUUCUCGUAUAUAUACCGCACAACCCGCUUCUCAUCCCCUGCACUUCUGCAAUGGAUCCCACCUACGAGAACUCACAAACAAGCCCUGGGCCUCUCAGCAGCGACGGAUCGCGCCUCGAGCAUGUUCUCCCGGACCCAAGUGCGCCUGAUCUUGCAUCAUCGAUCACCAACACCGUCACUCUGUUGUCACUGCCUGAAAUUGGUCUCACGCUCUCUCUCUGCGCGAUAUUCACCGCAUUUGUCCUCUGGGUCGCGCCAGGAAGGGUCUCUCGUGCAAUGGUGUCCGCCGUCGAACAAGCCGAUGGAGAGUUCUGUGAUGCCGCCGAGUCGGGGGCUGUACAGUUUCGUGGAGAGAUGGCUGAGGAACUCGAACAACUACGCACCACAGCAUCGGUGCUCAGGGAGGAGUAUCUCAAGAGCUGUCUCUCUUACCAGAGCAGUGUCCUCUACCUAAUGAAGGGAGGCCCCAUCAGACUCGUUCUCUGCCGACGCGCAAUCGAAGUCUUCCGAACUCGCGCUGAGGUACAUCUGCGUGUCCUGCUACGCAGACUGCUGUUUUGUACUGAUCCCUUACUCAGAUUGCCAAGGAGGCGCAUAAUCGCGUGCCACCAGAGCCGGAAUCUAUUCCGCUCCGCCGUCGCAGAGCUGCUGCUCAAACACAUUCCGCCUCGUAGCCGCCCUCUUUCCGUUAGUGGACUCUUGUAUCAUCGUUGUCACAAUCUAUCCUGUACCCACCGAGUUCUACAUAUCAUGUUCUACCCAUCAUUUCGUGGACCGUAAUCUAUGUUCAGUCUUUGAUCUUUGGACGGCCCGCUGCGGGCCGACGAUACAGAUGACCGAACCACUGACAGCCCGGUUUUGUUUCAACGAAUCACCGGAGACGCGCUUGACAAACGCGUCGAGGCCGUCGGAGAGGUGCAGCCCCACGUCAGAGCGAAGCUGGUUGAUCCGGACGGCCAGGUCGUUUCUGUCGGGAGUCGGGACGCCGGGGGAGCUGUGCGUUGCGGGGUAUCUGCUGCAGAA